CUAUGAGGAGCGCUAUUCUGAUGUGGAGAUGUUGGAUGUUGCAGUUGACCCUCAACCUCGCCAGCGAAGAAUGACAGUUCAUGGGAUGAUGAGCAUGAACGCCAUGUCACGGCCUAGAGCUGUCUUCCGUCAACUACCUCUACCCACGCAUUCCAUCUUACAGUCCUUCGUCUCUUCGCACAAGGCGGACGUUUUCAAAUGUCAAUCUCUGCAUUCAAACACGUUCUUGACUCCCCCGUACGCGUGCUCAUAUAGUCAUACGGCUAAAAAGGGUGGAAUACCACUUCUGGCUGUUGCCACCGAACAAGGCGCAGUCCAUAUAUUGAAUACCUCAAAGCGAACUGACUGGGAUUACGAACUACAGCGGACAGUUCUUGAUAUCCACCAAAACGGCGUCUUCGAUGUCCAAUGGUCACACAGCGACGAACUACUCGCUACAGUUUCUGGUGAUCAGUCCACGCGUGUCACUGAUUUGGCCACGUCCAAAACACUGCACAUCCUGCGAAAUCACACGAGCACAGUCAAAACAGUCGCUUGGGACCCAGUCAAUCCAAACAUGCUGAGCACUGGUGGACGCGAUGGAGUUAUUUGUCUGUGGGAUAUGAGGGCCCAAGGUCAAAGAAGUAGCGAAAGUGGCAUCGAUGUACUGACGCCAGUGCUGCGAAUCCCGUGCGCUGGAGGACACGUAGUCAAAGCUAGAAGAGCGACGACGCCAACUAUGAAGAGCGUGACGAGUGUGUUGUAUCUUGACGGGGAUCCGUUCGGGCUGACCAGCAGCAGCUCUUUCGACGGUAUCCUCCGCCAUUGGGAUAUCCGACUUCCAACGUCCCCGCAUAAAGGCAAGUCUGCGUUGCGAAUGAUUCAGCCGACGCAUGUAUCUUCCUUCGACCCUACUACGGUGGACGGCUCUCGUCGACCCCGAGGCAUCGCAUCACUUGUAGCUGGUGCAGGACCAUCCGCGGGCUUGUUGUUCGGACUGGGCACAGACUCCAGAAUCCAUACCUAUAUAGCCUCCGCUUUGCUUGCCCUGCCAUCCACUGAGAUGAAUUCAUUCGCACAUUCAAGCAUGCAAACGAAUUCGUUCUAUGUUCGCCUCGCGCUUUCACCCAAUGGUCGAUGGCUAUUGAGCGGCAGUGCCAGUCGGACUGGUUCUGCCUUCCUUUUUGAUGUGUCUUGCGCUGGAAGGACACGUCCUAUAUUAUCUGGAUCGCGUUCAAUACCCUCCCAGGGAGUAGAGAUCAAAGGUCAAACGGGAGAGGUUGGAGCAGUGGAUUGGGCUGAAGGGAUGGUUGCUACCUGUGCGGACGAUGGAACCGUCAGGAUUUGGAGAGACGACAGAGACAUCGCGCGAAUGUGCGAGGCAAAUGCAGAUAAUGCCAAGUGGGAUUGGGCCUGGGCGGUGGAUGGGGGACAGCCGUCGAAUGCCUAGACGAGGUUAAAAGAUUUCUGCGGCAGAGCAUGCCCUAAUUUGCCACCUAUUAUACAUACAUACCACUGUAGCUAUAUUCAUCUUUGAAUCUUGCAUGCCAUACCAUUC